GCUGCGUUCCAGAAGGCCGCCGAGGAGGUGAAGAAGCUCAAGUCCCAGCCGACGGACCAGGAGAUGCUGGAUGUCUACAGCCACUACAAACAGGCCACGGUGGGCGACGUGAACACGGAGCGCCCUGGUAUGCUGGACUUCAAAGGCAAAGCAAAGUGGGAUGCCUGGAAUGCAUUGAAAGGGAUGUCCAAAGAAGAUGCAAUGAAAGCUUACGUAGCAAAAGUGGAGGAACUAAAGGGCAAAUACGGCAUCUGAGGACUGGAUAGAGCAGCCAUUUGCACGCCUGACACAUGCCUUAUUUCUAAUAUAGGGGGGGAAAACGGUUUCUGAGGUUAAUUUCAAAUACCUAGGGUAUUCUAGUCGGUUCCCCUUGUGCCUGUAGUUCAGGGGAAGUUGUCUACCUGCCUAAUGUACUGACAUGUUAUGAAUUCCUUCUGGGAACAAAAUCUGGAACUCAUUAAAGUGCGUUUGGUACUUUA